UUUCCCUCUUCUCGCAGCCGGAGUUUCUGUCUAUCGGUGUUGUUGUUGAUGCGAUGAUGGCGGCAGCGGGAUGCGGAUCAGCAACCGCGGCUGCCGUUGUGGGCGCAGGCGGUAUGGGCGCGGCGCGGGGUCGCUUCCCCGGUCGGCCUUGGUCGUCGCGAAGCCGUUUGCGUUCGGAGAAGCGAUGGCAGCUCGGACGCUCUGGCACAGAUCUAGACGAGAUCUCCUUCAACGGAGGCCCGAGGCCCACCUGCCUGGUGCUCGCGCUGAACGAGGACCAGUCUCACUUGCGCCUUCUCGGGCUUGAGGCGAGCUACAAGAGCCUGGGAGAGGCUGGGUACAGCUCGAGUGGGAGCGAAGAGGGAGCUGAAUUCAAAGGCUUUGAUAUUCAAAACGAAAACAGCAGCGCCCCGGUUCGGGCUGGACGAAAUCCAAACAAACGUGAUCGUGCUUCUGCAAAGUCGUCAAGGAGGAUACGUCAAAGGCUGACUCUUUCAGUCUCUCCUUUAGUGGAAAAAACAGGUUCAGAAGAUCCUCAAAAUGAUUUAUGUUCUGUUCAGCAACUACACAGUCAAGAGUCUCUAAAGGACACAUCAGUAGAUGAUGAUGGUGGUGGUGGUGGUGGAGGACCAGAGAAGCCCACCAGGAGAAAAAGGGGGUCAAGAAAACGGGAGACCCAAUCAACUCCAAGGAUCACAAUCAAGUUGGUGGCAAAAAAGACAGUGGUUAAAGUCCAACGUAGAACUGGUAAAAAACAGAAGGAAAUCCAAUCUGAAGUUACAGAAAGUCAGUGUGCCCAAAUCUCAAAUACUCAUGUGAAAUUAAAGACGAACGUACCAGCCAGUGAAAUCAAUGCUGGUGAGGCAAAGGAUGAGGUUUGUACCAGAAGGCGAGGUAGAUCUGCUGACAAGAAAGUAGAGUCCACUCCACAAACGGAUACUAAAAAAGAGACCAAUGACCAAAAACUCAAGCUGAGGAAAUCAACUCGAAGGUCUCAAAAUCCACCUCUCAAUGAAAGUGUGGAGCCAAAACCCGACGAUAAGUCAGAACAAGAGGCGUCAGAGGUAAAUAAGCUUGUAAUUAGGAGACAACGCAGAAGGUCCUCAAAUGUUCCACGGGAAUCUGGAAACCAGAGUUUAGCAGAGUCGAUUUUGGAGGUCUCAACAAUUGAUGAAUCCAGGUCACCUUCAAAGAAGAAGAAAAAGAAAAAGAAGAAGAAAAAUCGUAAAGAAUCUGAAAGGAAUCAGGAGCCCCAUGCACCAACAGCAAAAGAUCUCUGCCACUCAGCUGAUGAUCCUCAAAAACUCUCUUUUGACAAUGAUUUUGUCGGAAUUCCAGGUUUGAAACUGACCAGAAUACGAAACCCCAAAGCCCGUUCUCGCAAGAGACGCUGCAAGUUUGUGUGGACUCUCACACUAGUGAAAAGCAAAAGCAAAGAUUCACACAUCCAAGAGGAUCCAAGCAAAAUCCAAGAAAGCAAAAGCAAAAAUUCCCAAGUCCAAGAUGAUCUCAACGAAUUGCAAGAAAUCAAACCCCAAGACUCUCAAGUCCAAGACAGUCCAAGCAAAGCAGAUGAAAGCCCUACCGCAGACGCUGAACUUGUGACCUCUAAAUGUGAUGAUGAAGUAGAUGUUUCUACAGAAGCAGAAUCCACAUCUGCUCCUUCCAAUACCUUGGAAGCUAGCUCUUCACAGGAGUCGCAAAUCAUAGAGAACAUUGCCAGUGAUCUAUUUCCUGAAAGCCCAGAGAACCCAGUGGACAUUGAGAAGGUUGAGGAGACCCUAGAAAAGGAAAACAAGGAGGCUCUUGAAAAGUCAGAAAUUGCAACUGAAGCACAUCCAGAUGAGGCCACUCAGACGGACCCUGAAGAUCUGAUAAGUAAAGAUACCGUUCCACCACUUCAAAUCAAAGUUGUCUCCUCUCCAGGUAAAAACAACAGUUUAAAGCAAUCCUUUUUAAUUCAGCAAGUUAAAACUUCACCUGAAAUAAAAGAACCUGCGAAAGUUGAAGACCAUCAGCAUUCAGAAAAGACAGAGAACGUGUUGGAAAUUACUGCUACCACUCCUACCCCCAAAGUACGGAACAAGCUAUGUCAAAACACUGCUCGGAAGAAACGUACAAAACGUAAUCACUGGACAAUUUACAGACGAAAGUGCAGGCGGAAGGGCAAAUCGAAUGAAUCUCAAGAAAAACCUGCUUCUGAAGUUGCAACUGAAACUGAAUCUCAGGUGGAGGAAUCGCCAGUAUCGCCAACAUCUGUACCAGCACCUGUACCAGCACCUGUAGAAUCCAAACCAAAAAGGCAAUUAAGUAAAGGUGCGCGGAAAAAAGGUAAAAGGUCAAUUCCACCAGCUACAGAACCAUUACCUGAAGCAGCCGAAUCUCAGGUCGUCGAACAAACUGUUAAAUCACCUCCAGCCAGUCCUUAUCUUGGGACAGAACCCCUGCCAGAGAUAAAACUUGAGACGGCAUCAAUUGAAACUGAAGAGGUUCUAGUUUUAGAGCCUUCUGUGGGAGAUCACCCACAGGUACCUCGUCCCCCACACAGGCAAAUAAAACGGGUCAAGCGUAGAAGAAAGUCUUUGAUUGGACGGCGAAUAAGAAAUCCGAAAUUGCAAAAGAGGAAAAUGGUUGAGGUUGGGGACGAUUGCCCAACGAUGAUGGGGUCUGAAGUUGGAGAGUCUAAACUAGUUGGUAUAUUCUCAACAAAGUACAAGAGGAAACAGAUUUCGAGUCUUCAGUCAUUAGAGGGUAAACGGAAAAAAGCUAAGCUCUUAUCCAAGCAGUUGGAGAACGCCAGCGGUGAUCAACUUUCCGAUCAGGCCGAAACGGAUUCUGUGAAUGUGAAAACAGACCAAGAUCAAGACAUCCAACGCAGCAAAACGAAGUUUGUGAAAACCAUCAGACAUUUCAUAAUGCCAGUUGUUAGUGCCCGAUCCUCUCGGGUUAUCAAAACGCCAAAGAGGUUCAUGGAUGAUCUUGGUAUGUCCGAUCUUCCCCGCAAGAACUCGCAAAAGAAGCUUGGUCUACAAUCGAAAUCAAAGAAACCUGAAUCCAACGAAUGCGGUGAACUUGGAUCUCUUCAGUCUCAGGACGAAGAUGAAUUGAGUGAAACUGAUCUUGAUUUGUCUUCAGUUUGGGACUCAAAACCUAAAUCACCUGAUGACGCUGAGAUCUUCAGUGAGGAGAAGCAGCCUGGGAAAAGGCGAUCGCUACUCAGAGAUCCGGGUUUCAAAUGGGGAGUGCUGGAGCCUGCCAAUGACGAUGUGUAUACCUUUGAUGAAGAUCUUGACAAGGAGUUGGAGACCUUGCUAUCUGCCAAAGAUUUUACAGUGGACUCGUUGCUUGAUCCUCUCCAAAAGAAGAAAAAAUCCUCAAAAUUCAAAGCGCAAACAUCAAAAUUUAGGUUAUACAAAAAGCUUAAACUCAAACAGAGUCUCUCAAGGUGUAAAAAGACCCCAAAGGACAAAAUAGGCAAAGUUGUAUCAUCCCCUGCCAAGACACAGAGGAAGGAGUUGGAUGAAGGGGCAAGUCUAAUAAAGUCUCUCAGAGACAUGAAGAAAGAAAAAGCAAAACUCAAGAUUGAGGAUCUCAACACCCCUGGGGUUGUUCGCAAAGUCUCCAUCUGUGUCCGAGCUCUGAGUGCCAAGUUGCUGGCGCAACACCAGGCAAAAGACAUCCAAGAGGAUGACCUGCCAGAUGAGUUUUCCAUUCAUACAGACAUCUCUCUUCCCAAUAAAUGCAAAGACUUUGAUAAGAUACACCUCACAGAAUCAGAACGACUGGUUUCUGAGGAAACUCAGAAACAUGUCGUUGACAUUGAGGAGAAAGCUACCACCCAGCGCCCUCGCCUGACAGGAGCCAACAAGCGCAUGUUUAACCUCCUUAAGAAAGCCAAGGUUCAACUCAUCAAAAUAGAUCAGCAGAAACAGCUGAAAUCAUCUGGGCUUUUGCCAGAGGGUAGAAUUACAGCAACAAAGAGACAGAGACGAAAACCGAAAGAACGGCUUAAAAAUGCCUGCCCCAACAAGACUGAUGCUUCUCCAGAGCAGGAACCUGCCAGAGGGGGGCCUCGCAUUAAGCACGUAUGCAGAGCUGCAGCUGUGGUUUUGGGUCAGCCUCGUGCCAUGAUCCCCGAUGACAUCCCGCGGCUUAGUGCGCUACCCCUGCACGAGAGAUCGGACAUAUCCCCUUCACCUGCAGAAAAAGGAGUCGAGUCUCAUUCUGACCCGGAAAGCCCUGUAUUGCAAGAACACAGGACGCCAAAGUUUCGUCGCGGUCGAGGUCAUUUCUUUGGGAACCGGUCCCGACGGUGUGGGGAGUGUAAAGGUUGCCUGCAUGAGGAGGACUGUGGCAGGUGCAUCAACUGCUUGGACAAACCCAAGUUUGGUGGCCCCAACACAAAACGGCAGUGCUGUGUAUACAAGAGAUGUGAUCAGGUUGAAGAAAGGAAGGCCAUGAGGCUAAGUGGCAAGCUCCAAAAAGGGCAUGGGAAGAAGCGCCGCUCCAUGAUAAAUGUGUGUUACUCAAGUAAUGAAGAAGGUGAGGGCGGCGAUGGGACCGGGCGGAUGGGCGACAGUCCAUCUGUGCGGAAACAGCCGCGGCGACACGUAAAACCACGUUCGUACUGCGACCUCCUGGAUUAUGACUCCGACUUCGACUGGAUAGGAGCUUCAAAUUCCACUUCCCCAGGCCGCAGGAGAACCCCUGGUCUUCGAAACCCAGAUUUUGUGUCAUUUGACGACUUCAUUGGCGAUGCUUUUGACGAGGGAGUGCGCCAUCGCAGGCCUGGCUUCCACAGGGUUCCACCUAUCAAACGGAAAGUUGAGAAGAGCCCUCAGGAGCAGACGCCACCCAGCGUCCUUGCAGCCCUCGCCAAUGGUUUCGCAGAGAGAGAACAGGAGCCUGCAGAACCCACCCAUAAGAUUUGUGUUGAUUUUAAGGAGGACUGUAGCGUACAGAGUGUGUGGGCGACUGGAGGUCUCAGCAUCCUCACGUCUGUACCCCUCGUGCCCCAGUACGCCUGCCUGCUGUGUGCCAGUAAAGGCCAACAUGAGAUGCUGUACUGUCAAGUCUGCUGUGAGCCUUUCCAUCGCUUCUGCUUGGACCCUUCGGAGCGUCCACUGGAGGAAAACAAGGAGAACUGGUGCUGUCGUCGCUGCAAGUUCUGCCGCGUUUGUGGCUGCAAGAAUAAAGCAUCCAAGCCUCUGCUGGAGUGUGAAAGGUGUCAGAAUUGUUAUCAUCCUGCCUGUCUGGGUCCCAACUACCCCAAACCCAACAAACGUAAGAAGCCUUGGGUGUGUAUGACAUGCAUCCGGUGCAAGAGUUGUGGUGUGACUCCAGGAAAGAGCUGGGACACUGAGUGGAAUCACGACAAGGGUCUUUGUCCUGACUGCACUAGGCUGUUUGAUCAAGGUAACUACUGUACCAUGUGCUUCAAAUGUUAUGAAGAUAAUGACUACGAUAGCCAAAUGAUGCAGUGCUCCACUUGCAACCACUGGGUCCAUGCUAAAUGUGAAGGUCUGACAGAUGACUUGUAUGAGAUCUUGUCGAGUCUACCCGAGAGUGUGGUGUAUUCCUGUCAGCCGUGCCUACAAGAGCAGCCCAAUGGAGAGGAUGUUAAUGGAGCGGGGUGGAGAGAACUGCUCAACCAGGAGCUGAGGACUGGCUUAGAGAGGGUGCUGGAAUGCCUGCUGACCUCCAGCCUCACCAAGCACCUGGUCACCUGCAAGAAGUGUGCUGGACUGGGUUCUCUGGACACUGGAGUUGAAGAUUUUCCUGUUUGCGAUCUCCAUGCAAUUGGAAAGAAGUUUGAUAUGGGCUUAUACACGUCCUUGAAAUCCUUCCACGAGGAUGUGGUGAAGGUUAUUCACAGUCACUUGGAGGAAGAGGAAGUUUUACCCGAGGACCAAAGACCUACUGCCCUCGCCCGCUCAUACUAUCUCACGAUCUUAGAGGAUGUUUAUGGUUGGUUCAACAGUCUGGACCCUAAAGUAUGGGAUCCACGCUCUAAACAUUUGCCAGCUGGGAUGCUUUCACACGCCGUAAUGCCACCAAAUUAUGAACAUGUUUAUGCUCAAUGGCGUGAGAGAGAUAGCUGCAGCAAGGCUUUGGACGGCACCUCAAAAACAAUGGGAAGACACGUGGAUGUUAAAAUGGGAGAAGAGGAGGAUCUGUCCUUACUUUUGGACCAUAAACCCAAAGGUCAUUUUAUGGACAUAAGGGCAUUACAAAUGAAUAUGAAAGGGAAAAAGGGGCGGCCAACUAAAACCGAGCUGGACACAGGCUGGUCGAAAGACGACGAGAGACAGUGUGUUCUGUGCCAAAAAUAUGGUGAUGCAAAGUCCAGCGAUGCAGGGAGGUUGCUCUAUCUUGGGCAAAAUGAAUGGGCUCAUGUGAACUGUACCAUGUGGUCUGCAGAGGUGCUUGAGGAGGAUAAUGGCUCACUUCUGCAUGUCCACAGUGCUGUAGCACGAGGUCGCCUAAUGCGCUGUGAACGGUGUAACCGUACUGGAGCAACGGUCGGUUGCUGUCUCUCUUCGUGCCAGAGCAACUACCACUUCAUGUGUGCCCGCUUUCGCAACUGUGUCUUCCAGGACGAUAAAAGAGUCUUUUGUCACAAGCACCGGGACCUUAUAAGUGGAAAAGUCAUCACUGGUCAAGGGUUCGAAGUACUUCGGAGAGUUUAUGUGGAUUUUGAAGGGAUAAGUCUUCGCAGGAAGUUUUUGACUGGGUUGGAGCCGGAAUCUAUUAAUUUAAUGAUAGGUUCUUUGCUUGUAGAAAAGCUUGGAAAGCUGAGUGAAUUAUCUGUCUGUCAUGGGAAACUAUUUCCUGUGGGUUAUGAAUGCUCUCGCUGGUAUUGGAGUACUGUAAACCCCCUUCGUCGCUGCAAAUACACAUUUCGUGUUACAGAGGUCCGGCCACCUGUUCAGGAAAAACCUGUAGAAGAGUCGCCCGAUCAGGGAGAAAAUUGCACAAUUGCCCACAGUCCAUGCCUGCAGUUAGAAUCUGAAGCCCUCGAAGUGGAUUUGUCCUCAACAAAUCCUUCCAGUGAAACAAAUUCCACUUCGGGAUCUGUCUUUGCCAAACCAGACCUGGGUGCCCGCCCCAAAAUCCCUUCAUACCCCCAAAACAGAAGACCUGCUGGAGGACUCUCCAGACCACUGCCUUCUCCUGGAGCUGCCCCAUCCAAACCUCACCACAUCCUGACUAUCAGUGAUUUGGAUGACACUCGAAGGCCACGACGGCAUAGCCCACACACCCAGAAUAGCGGUACCCGCAGUCACAUGAGCUCUCCUACUCUUGGAUCCCAUGCAGGCCCAAUUGCAUCUAGAGCAGGUGGUUCCCUCCACCUUAAAGCCUCCCGGCCUACCUCCCCAGUUUUCCCCCUUGGUGCUACUGAAAACCUGCUGACCUCUUCCUCAGCUCGGCCUGUCGGUCGAAGUGCUUCCUCAGUCCGGGGUUCUGGAAUAAUGACGCCCCAUUCUACCUCAGGACUAUUUUCACAGUCCACAAGGCAAGUUGGCAUUGGCAGCACCCCUUCCACCAACCGAUCCCUUACAUCUCCCACUCUUUUCUCCACAAGACCACGGCCUUUUGAUUUUAAUCAGAUAGACUCUGUAGAACUUCCACACAAUUUUAUAGCAUCACCACAGGAGCAUCCAGCAGAAAAUGGUGCCUUGCCAUUAGGUGACCCUUUGGGUACACAAAAAAGUAAUCAUCUUGACAGUGAGAGAGAUUUCCCUUACACAUCCUUCCACUUAGAGGCAGACCUGACUGAGGCACCUGAGUUGAGGACCGAGCUUGAAAUUGAAGAAACAGUGCUAAAUGAAGGUGUAGCUAUGAACUGCAGUGCACAAAUUGUAGUUGAAGGUGAAGACAACCAGGAGGACUUCUGGGAGCCAAAUGAAGAGAAGUCCAAAAUGUCUACGCAGAGAUUGUCUUGUACUGUUGAUGCUUGUAGAGAAGACUGGGGUAAUAGUUCCUCUGAUGAGGACAUGGAGAACUACUACAACUUCACUCGCACAGUGGUUACUUGCAAGGCUCAAAGGGAUGCCUCUCAGACACCUACAUCUCCAUCUUUGAGGCAUAUUUCCCAACUUGAUGGUGUGGAUGAUGGGACAGAGAGUGAUACAAGUGUGGCUAACAAUGACAACCAGGGUGUGAAGUUGUCAAAUCAAGCCCAAAAGCCACUCAAAUCAUUCAAUUCUGUAUCUCAUGAGCAGACAGCUAGCAAUGGGCUGUGUUUGAAUUUUCCAAGCCCUGUAUCUGAUAUUUCAUCGAUUAGUUGUCGAUUAGAACCAGUGUCCAACUCCGAGGUUGCUGCUGAUCAAAAUUCCUUUGGUCUAACUCAAACAUUGCAAUCCAACCUUGGGGUGGUUAUACACGCACAAGACCCUAUGACUAAUUUUGUUGAAGCAAAGUCUAUAAACCCCUCAUUUUCUACAUAUGGUAAUGAUUUCCAAUCCCCUCAUUUAAUUGUUGAGCCAGAGAUGCCUUUAAUUCUUGAGAGAUGUGAUCCUCUUUCACCCAAUGCGCAUUUCACAGAGCUGGUCCCAGUGCAGGAUUCUCUAGGUGACCCACACGAAUCUAAAGAGUUGUACUUGGAUCCUAGUAGUGGCCACUUUGUAUCCUCUAUGGAUGACUCUACAGUUUAUCCAAACAACCACUUGCAAGAAGUUUCUCCUGACUUGGGCCAAGUUAACGGAAUUCAAACUCCACUGCAACCAAAUCCUGUUCCUUUCACAGAGUUGGCCAAAUCUGCAUCCACUGUUGAACCUUUAUCCUCAGAUUCCUCUCUGCAAGUUCCUUUUGCAACAUUCCCAAAUCAGGCACCUACUGCAAAUGUUUCCUUGUACCCUGUCCAAACUCCUGAGGGUAAGACUGUCUUGCCGCCAAUGGAGAGUUUCAGAACCAAAUUACACUCACCUGCUGAACCAAGGAAUCCUGCCCCUUCAGUUCCUGGAGGGGCAAUGCCAUGUGUCCCCACAAUUGUACCACAGAAACCAGAGUCAAUGCUGUCUGUGCCGUCAGCCACUGGUGUACCCCUCGGGACUUAUGGGCCAGUUUCUGGUACUGUAUCUGUCCCAUUGCAUCCCACUUACCCGCAGCCUGUCGGCUCUACAGCAGUUGGUGUAGUCUCCUCAUCCCCUUCUGUAACUUCCCAACCAUCAGCUCAGUGCCAAGCAAUGCCUACUGCCAUUCAGACAGCCUCUGCUCCAGGUGUCAUCAAUGGGUACAACACCACGCCUAUGCAAAGAGAAACCGCUCCAGGACGAACUAUUUCCAUCAAUUUUUCAACCCCCAGAUCAACAAUUGAACCCCAACAACAGUUGGUUACUCAAGCAUUACCAGGUCAUGCUAUUCUUACUGUAAAGGAAGUUGGUGGACCUAAUGUGGAUCCCACACCACAUGUUUUACUCGUUAACCGUCUUGGUCAAAUUUUUGUCAAAAACCCAGAAAGCAACACCUUCCAGCUGCCAACUCCCCAAUCCCCUUCAUUCAACUGCGUUACCCAAAUCGCCAGCCUCUUGCAAAGCAAUGCCUUGUCGGCAACACUUGCAGCAGCUGGGAACUUUCCCACAGUUGCAGGUGCCACCAUUCCAACCCAAAUCCACCAAAUUGUGACCCCAUUGGUGCAGACCUCCAAUACCAUUUCCCAGCUACUUACCACCAGUAGUAACGGAGCAGCUUCACUACCAGCAGAUGUCAAGAAACCACGUAGGAAUGCCAAAGCUUCUGGAGAUGGAGUGAAAAAACCACGGAGUAAGAAGGAGUCUUCCACACCUAGAAGAACAAAGUCUGCUAGCACACCUGGUCCCUCUAGCAAACAAUCUAUGAGUCAAUUAACAACCUCCUUAGAUGCAUCUAAUCAAGCAGAGAGUGCUCAAGCUAUCAUCAACCAAGCCAUGGCUGGCUAUUAUGAUCCCAACAAAACCGUUUCCCAUGUUCUAACUCCCUCAUCACCUCGUAACACUACCGUUGUUGGGCGAACCCAGAAAACAAGUUCAGUUGUUUUACCUGAAGGUAUCCUUGUUGAACCAGAGUCAAAGACUUCCCCACCAGCUACACCAGAAGCAGCAUCUCGACCAAAGCAGGUUCGAAUGAAAAGGGUGUCUUCUCUAUCUGACCGUAUUGCCACCAAGAAAUCAAAAUCAGACUUUCUGGACCUGGGCUGCACUGAAUUGGAAGAACCAUGCAAGUCAAACUCUGUAUCAGCCAGCAGGUAUGGAGUUCGCAUUAAAACCCCAACCGUCAAGGGAAUUCUAGACUUGGACAGGCUGAAUGAAGAGCGAAGUAGUGACUCUGAGAGUGCAAGGUCUGGACCUUGGGAUCGCCUUUCAUUGCCUCGAGGUGGAGACAGCAACAAGCCAACAACUUGGGAUCCUGUUAACCGUAGUGCAUCUGACUGGAACAAAUACUCAGGGAUGCUGUCCUGUUCAGACGAUGAGAUGCCUCCCUCAGACGGUGAAGAGCAUAUUCCUCCCAGCCGAGACCAUCCCCACCUACGCUUUGAGAUCGCUAGUGAUGAUGGCUUUAGUGUAGAAGCAGACAGCAUUGAGGUGGCUUGGACUGCUGUUAUCGAGGGGGUCCAGGAAGCCCGUGCUGUUGCUGGACUGAGGCAACUCACUUUUACGGGGUUGAGCGGUGCUCGUAUGAUGGGAAUGCUUCAAGAUGCGGUAGUCUACCUGGUGGAACAGCUCCAGGGGGCCAAAUGCUGCCAUCGCCACACUUUCCGCUUCCACAAGCAGGCCAGUCAGGAGGAAGAUCUGCCCGUUAACCCAAGUGGCUGUGCCCGCUCUGAAGUCUACUUAAGGAAGUCUACCUUUGACAUGUUUAACUUCCUGGCGUCACAGCACAGACAGCUUCCUGACACCGACUUGUAUGAUGAGGAAGAAGAUGAGGUUCUUCUCAAAUCCACCAGACGUGCAACAAGUUUGGAACUUCCCAUGGCAAUGCGCUUUAGACAUCUGGAGAGGACAUCCAAGGAAGCGGUUGGUGUCUAUAGGUCUGCGAUUCACGGAAGAGGCCUUUUCUGCAAGCGAAACAUCGAGGCAGGGGAGAUGGUCAUUGAGUAUUCAGGCAUUGUAAUUCGUUCUGUUCUCACGGACAAGCGUGAGAAAUAUUACGAUAGCAAGGGCAUUGGAUGCUAUAUGUUCCGCAUUGACGACUUUGACGUUGUAGACGCCACGAUGCACGGUAAUGCGGCUCGGUUCAUCAACCACUCCUGUGAACCAAACUGCUUCUCUCGAGUCAUCAACGUGGAGGGUCAGAAGCACAUAGUCAUUUUCGCCUUGCGCAAGAUCUAUCGCGGAGAAGAGCUGACCUACGACUACAAGUUCCCCAUCGAAGAUGCCAGCAACAAGCUCGGCUGUAACUGUGGAGCCAAGCGCUGUCGACGCUUCUUAAACUGAGGCAAGAUGAUGGAAAAGUUGACAAUGACAAUGGAGCUAGACGGGUAAAAACACUGGUCCGAGGCUUGACGGGUAAAGGGGGUCCAAGCAGAGGGUUUCAAAGCUUAACAGCCACCUCUUCAAUUUGAAAGUCCUUCAUUUAAAAGGACCACUAUCUUUUAAACCGCUGUUGUGGAGCCAUUCAUGUCCUUGAAUCGUGAUUCCUGCCGACCCUUAGACAUUCAGUCCAGUAGAGCCGAUGACGCAUGAUUGCUGAUGUGUGGAAACGAUCAUGGCCUUUUAAGAACAUUUUCCAUUGAGCUGCAUCCUUUGUGGUUCACUAACUGUUUUAAUCUGAAUAUCACUGUUUUGAAAAAGAGUCUCGGUCUCAGUCAUAGCAAUUUGUUUUAUGAAUCAGUUCACAAGCAGCAAAGUAAAACAAAAAAGCGGCACAAAGAUUGAACUUUAGCCAGAGUCGUUGUAUAUUUUGCAGCUUUUAAAUGAUUCCGAUAGGCUUUUUUAUGCUUUUUAAAAGCUGAGUGGAAAUGGCCGCUGCCAAGAUGUCAGGACGUUCUGUUCACAUAACCGACCUUUAAAUCUCAACCCUCUUCCCUUUUUUGUUUUUUUUUCUUCCUCGAGCCGACCUUAAAAGUGCUGAAUUCAGUGAAGUUUUCAGUGCGGACCACGUAGUGUGUGAAAGCUUAGCGGCAGCGAAGAUUCUCUGUAAAAACAUGCCUAUUACUAAUCAAAUGAUGUGAACGUAUUCUUUCAGAUCUGUAUCUAACGAUUUUAUUUUAGAUCACGCUUUUGUGUUUAACACUGCUCAGGACAACAUUGUAAAACCCCAUGGAUCCACUCACGGUGUUCGUGGCAGUCGGUAUCGGACACGUUCUGUUGAAGCAUUUAGUGGUCUUUUCAUCCGUGGCAGAUUUCUCUCUUGAAAACCCCUAUAAGGCUUUUAUUUUAAUCCUUUCGUUUCAAUAAUUUAUUUUUAUAGUCAUGUCUAAACACUUUCUGUUCACCAAACUGUUUUUUGGUCUAAAACUGUAUAAGUGGUUUUUAAACUUGAUGACCUUCAUGGUGCUAAAUCAAACAGUCCAAAAGGGGAAGCGACUUACUUCCUCUGUUUCAUCUCUUGUUAGAAAGCAGAUGCAAGAUGUAAUGCUGCAAGCUAUACUAAAGUAGAGAAGCAAAACCAGUCAUGCUUUCUAACAAUGUCCCCAUAUAUGUCUAUGGUGUGUUCAGACCCCAUUCCGAAUACUCGAAGAGCAACGUUUUAGCAUGUUUGUGCUUUUUAUACCUCUUGAGAGCCUUGUGUCGAAACAAAAUCAUGCCUGGAGAGCGUAGACGUAUAUUCGUGUUUCUUUCCAUCGUGUUAGUAGAGGACACUACUUUAAGCUAGUCGUGACUAACCGCAUCCUCAUUGCGUCACAGCUUUUAAAGUUGUGAUGGCGUCGUGGAUUGUUCCUGCAAUAAAAUCAUUUUUUUUUGCCACAAUUGCACAUACAAUUGGAGCUCUACAUUUACUGCUUAAAGUGUCCUAUAGAUGUAGGAGCACAAAGGUGAUGUAUACUGGUGACUUACAGAAUCUAUAUAUAUUUAUAGAAGAGUUAUUCAAAGUUUUUCAGCAGAUGGUGGCACUCGGCACCUUAAUUUUCCUUGAAAGAUUUGGAGUUGGUUAUCUUCUUCUUAGUGUAGGGAAAAAAUCAAGCUGGUGCCAUCGUUCGUCGAAGCGUAUGAAAGAUUGUUCGGACUUUAGAAGCGUUCUAUUUAUUCCUGUCGGUCUUUAUGGGAGUUUAUACCCAUAGGUCUGUGCUUUUUGUAUGUGACCGUGGUCUUAUAAGAGUUUUCUUCAGGGUUUUUUUUUUCCUUUUAAACCUUUUCCCUAGGGUUUUUUUUUCCUUCUUUUAAACAUUUCCCCAUUUUCUAUUCCUUUUUUUUUAAACUUGGAACAUUGAGGGUGAGUUCUUGCAAUGUGGCCUUUUUUUAUGAGGUGAUGUUUUGAGCCUGCUGUUUGUAUUUACUUCUUAUUUGUUUGCUUUUAUUUAACCUUCUGAACGGAGAACUGAAAUUGUCUUUCCCCAUGCUAUCAUCCCCUGCUUUUUUUUUUUGUUUCGUGAGUUUUGCUUAGAGUGGGCGUCUCCAUCAAGAACCUGAAAUUUAGCAGAUCUCUAAUUUUAAUCAAGACCACCCCAGACUUGCAAGGAUUCUACCUCAAGCUGUUCAGACAACGUCAAGUAAUACUAAUGCAAAACUAGAUUUGCUUGGUCUGUUCUGUCAUGCAGAGUUGCCUCGUGUGCAAUGAAGGAUGCGAAGCACUAGUCAGGACCUCUCGGAUGAUGCGUUUCCCAAAGCUUCUUGGGAAAAGAAAAAUCUGUCUGUUCCUGUGUAGGUUAUUUUAAAAAAACAACAACAACGUUGUGUUGAAAGACUUAAAAAUUAAAAAAAAAAAAAAAAGUGUCUUUGCUACCUUGUACAAAUGACCCCUAAGUUUGUAAAUAGUUGUAUAAAUAUUUCUAAACCUGUUUAAUUUUUCUAUGCACUUUUUUAUUUAUAAUGUUUUUGCUUAAUAAAGAUGUACAAUGUUUGAACAAA